AAUAAACAGAGCCCGUACAUAACGCUGGUGGUUCAACGUUCCUAUAUCAGUUCUUUCAUGUGAGCUGAUAGGAACGUACGUCGAAAUGGGAUAUAAGAAAAAAAAUGAAGUGAAGGAAGAAAAGCCAGAGGAACCUUCGAUUUCUUAUUUCCAAAUUUAUCGUUACGGGAAAUGGUACGAGCUACUCGCUACAGUCAUAGGUGUGUUGGUGGGACUGCUUAGCGGAGGUGGCGUCUGCUACAACUUGGCCCAAUUUGGUGAAUUAAGCACAGCCUUCGUAGAGAGAACAGCUCAACAAGAUCAGCUAUCAAGCUAUUUACCUCUAACUAGUUUAUUUGGUGGAGGCCGAAGACUGAACAAUGCGUCACACGAAGAGAAUAUGGAGGCACUGGUUGAAGAUGGUAAAGCGAUGGCUAUCGGUUUAUUUGUGUCGGUGUUCAUCUCACUUGCUCUCUGCUUCAUAUCUGUCUCUCUAAUCAGUUGGAGUGCUUUAAGACAGAUUACUCGAAUUCGUCUCAUGUUCCUACAAUCCGUUCUACGACAAGAUAUGACUUGGUUUGAUACUGAUACCGAAUUCAACUUGGCAUCUAAAAUGUCUGAGAACAUGAUGAAGCUAAAAGAAGGAAUAGGUGAAAAAGUAGGUGUUGUAGCAAAUCUUGUAGGAACAGCGAUCAUUUGUCUCUGCCAAUCAUUCCCUCAAGGAUGGGAAUUGACGCUCGCGUGCGUGACUGUAGUACCCUUUUCAAUUGCAGCAUCGGUUAUACUAUCAAAUUAUCAAACACGAUCAUCUCAACGUGAAAUGGGCUUUUAUAGUAAAGCGGGAAAACAAGCCGAAGAAGUGUUAAAGUCUGUAAGGACGAUCGUAGCCUUUGGUGGAGAAAGCAAAGAGAUUGAAAGGUAUCGUCGCCUUUUGGAGCCCGCCGAGAAGUACGGUCGAAAGCGUGGCUUCUUCACUGGGCUAGGUACUGGAUUCAACUGGGUUCUAACAUACUCAUUGAAUGCAAUAGGUCUCAGUUAUGGUACACGGCUUAUACUCAUCGAUAUGGACAAACCAACAGACGAAAAGAAAUACCUCGUCGGUAUAGUUUUUAAUAUACUGUUUUCUGUGUAUAUGGCGACCCAGUCUAUCACACUCUGUGUACCCCAUAUGGAGAUAUUUGCUUCAGCUCGUGGUGCAGCAAGUAGUCUUUUCAGUCUACUGGAAAGGAAACCGAUAAUAGAUAGCCUAGACGACGGAGGUCUCUCCCCAAGACGAGUAAUAGGGGAGAUAUCUUUAGAAGAUAUACAUUUCAGUUACCCAUCUAGACCAGAUGUCAAAGUUCUUAAAGGCUUUUCGCUUAAUAUAAAAGCUGGAGAAUGUGUGGCACUUGUUGGAUCCUCCGGUUGCGGUAAAUCUACGAUUCUACAACUCGUACAGCGACUAUACGAUCCACAUCUUGGUACAGUUAAAAUCGAUGGGAAGAAUGUGAGGAGUCUUAAUUUAGGGUGGUUGAGGAGUUCUCUUGGUGUGGUGGGUCAAGAGCCAGUUUUAUUCAAAGGCACAAUUUUUGAUAACAUUGCGAUCGGUUGUCCAGAAGUUACACGUGAAGACGUCCAAAAAGUUGCAGAAAUGGCAUACGCUCACGAUUUCAUUUCUCAUCUGGCAAAUGGUUAUGACACCGUUAUAGGGGAGAGAGGAGCUUCACUAUCUGGUGGACAGAAACAAAGGAUAGCUAUAGCGCGGUCACUUCUCAGGGAGCCAGCUAUUUUACUACUUGAUGAAGCAACUUCCGCUCUGGAUCCUCAUUCUGAAAAACAGGUUCAAGCAGCUCUUGACCGAGCAAGUUCUGGUCGCACUACACUUACUGUAUCUCACAGAUUAUCAACUAUUCUUAAUGCUGAUAGGAUAAUUUACAUGGAUCAAGGAGUUAUUAUGGAACAAGGAACACAUGAAGAACUCAUGAAAGCCAAAGGUCACUAUUACAAGCUUGUUACAAAUGGCAACGAGAACAAAGAGCCAGAUGUUAUCGAAACCUUACAAGAAGAAGAUGUAGAAAAUGGUGAUGCCAACGAAGUUUUGACUCCACGACAUGAUGUAAAGCGAAGAUCAACUAAGAGGAUUGUAAGACAUCAUUCGAUCAAGCGAGAUUCCCACGACUGGAUGACUCCUCGCGCUUCUAUUUCUUCAGUUAUAUCUACAGGGUUACAAAAUUUCAUUUAUAACAAUGAUUAUGAAUCUGAGGAGGAAGAUAAAAGCGACGAAGAGGAAAUAAAACCCCUAAGUGAUUGGCAAUUAAUGAAAUUAAAUUCUCCCGAAUGGGUGUAUAUUGUUAUUGGUUCGAUAGCUGCAUUCGCGCAAGGUACAUGUUUUCCGGUCUUCGCUUUGCUAUUCGGAUACACGGCUGGGAUAUUCAUUUUACAAGAUCGUUCCGAGAUUAUAUAUUUGGCGGAUAUGUAUUCGGGACUGUUUAUAUUGGUUGCGGCAGUUGCUGGUCUAUCUAUGUGUCUACAGAGCGUUACAUUCACUAGUGCAGGACUCAAAAUGACAACACGGCUAAGAUAUCAGUACUUCGGAGCACUUUUGAAACAGGAAAUAGGUUUCUUUGAUAGAGAAAAGAAUACCGUUGGUUCACUUUGCGCCAGGCUAAGUGGAGAUGCAGCUGAGGUCCAAGGUUCCACUGGACUUAGAACUGGUCUCAUUAUACAAGGAACCAGCUCUGUUGUGGUCGGAUUUAUAAUGGCUAUUUGCUACAAUUGGAAGCUUACACUGGUCGGCACAGCUUUCUUACCCCUGAUGGUUGGCAGUAUUUGGCUAGAAGGUAGAGUUUCACAAAAAUCACAAUCGGACGAACGCGAUGCCAUGGAAUCAGCUACUUCUAUAGCCACUGAGGCAGUCGUCAGUAUUAGAACUGUUCAGAGCUUAGGUAUUGAGAAGAUUUUCCUAAAGAAAUUCCACGAUGCGUUACUUGAAUCAUGCGUUGCUGUGACUGCUAAAACUAGAUGGAGGGGUAUAGUACUGGGUUUGGGUAUAUAUAUCCCGUUUAUGUCCUACUGUUCAGCUACCGUGUAUGGUACUAUGCUUGUGGCGUAUGAAGGGCUGCCAUACAACAUUGUUUUGCUGGUCAACGAAGCUCUCAUGUACGGAGCAUAUAUGUUGGGACAGUCUCUAGUUUACGCACCCAGUUUUAACUCAGCUAGAGCUUGUGGGGCCCGAAUAUUAUCAGUUAUCACCAGAGAACCAAAAGUUCAAACCAAACCGGGUAUCAAAGAUAGGAAGGAAUGGAAUGCCACUGGAAAUUUCUCUAUCAAAGAUGUGGAAUUCUCAUAUCCAACUCGACCCAAUCAACGUAUAUUAAGAGGGGUCGACCUUAAAGUGGAAGCUGGAAAGACCGUCGCUCUAGUUGGUUCCUCUGGUUGCGGAAAAUCUACCAUAUUACAACUUUUCCAGCGCUUCUACGACCCUGAUACUGGAACCAUCGAACUGGAUGGGCGUGAUAUCCAUGCUGGACUAACUCUACCUCGUUUGAGACGUCAACUCGGCGUGGUCCAGCAGGAACCAGUACUCUUCGACCGAACCAUUGCCGAAAACAUCGCAUAUGGAGACAACAACCGGAAAGUUACCAUGCAUGAAAUAAUUGCAGCAGCAAAAUCGGCGAAUAUACACAAUUUCGUUGUUUCCUUACCUAAGGGCUAUGACACAAACCUUGGAUCAAAUGGCGCUCAAUUAUCGGGUGGGCAAAAGCAAAGAAUUUGUAUCGCCAGAGCUCUGAUACGGUCACCGCGACUCCUCCUGCUUGAUGAAGCGACAUCAGCUUUGGAUGCUAACAGUGAACGCGCGGUGACUGAAGCUUUAGAGAAAGCUGCUAAAGGCCGUACAUGCAUUACAAUCGCGCAUCGGUUAUCCACCAUCAAAGAUGCAGACUUGAUAUGUGUUGUUGAGAAAGGAAAAAUUGUUGAACGCGGUUCACAUGCGGAAUUGACAAAUCUGAAAGGUCACUACUGGAGGAUGGGCAAAGGUCAACAGAUGGCUUAAAAUAACCAUACGUUAUCUAAGUAUUAAGUUAAGUUUUAAAUAAAACAAGAUAAUAAAUU